AUGGCUUCGCGCUCAGCAUUCACAAGAUUCGCGCCCGCGUUGCGACAAGCUCGCUCGAGCGCCUCACCCUUCAAACGCAACAGCCCAAUCCUCUCAGCCCUCCAACAACAACAAAGACCACCUACUCCCCUGCAACCCACAAUCGCCGCGCGCUUCGCUCACACAGUCCCGAAGCCCAAAGCAGCGCGCGAAGCCGAGGCAAAGACGCCCGCCCAGAUGCGCAUGGAGACCUCGCCGCACUACCAGCUCGACUUCACGUGCGUGCCGUGCGACACCCGCUCCCGGCACAAGGUCUCCAAGCAAGGCUACCACCACGGCUCCGUCCUCAUCACCUGCCCCUCGUGCCGCAACCGCCACAUCAUCAGCGACCACCUGGGCAUCUUUGGCGAUCGCAAGGUCACUGUCGAGGAUCUGAUGCGCGAGAAGGGCAGGCUCGUCAAGAGGGGCACGCUGGGCGAGGAUGGCGAUAUCGAGUUUUACCCCGACGAGAGCGCUGCUGCUGCUGAUGGUGCCGAUGCCGAGGCCCAAGCUGCGGAGUCGAAGAAGGAUGGGACUGCUUAA